AUGGAGCAGUCCGCCGGAACGGAGUGGCUCCGCGUUGGAAGCAUGUUUUCCGCGCUGGAGCUGGCCUUCGGCAUCACCUUCACCGUCGAGGUCUGCGUGCGCCUCUUCGCCGAAGGGCUCGGCUUCUGGAAGGAGUUCUGGAACUGGCUGGACUUCAUCAUCAUCGCCGUCUGGCUGCUUGAGAAGCUGGUGACGACCCUCCCCCUCAACAGCCAGAUCCUGCGCCUGGGGCGCAUCUUCCGGCUGCUCCGGCUUCUGCGGCUGGUUCGCAGCAUCCAGGAGUUCGACCCUCUCUUCCUGAUGACCACGGCCAUCAAGAGCAGCAUCACGGUGCUGGGGUGGACCAUGGCCCUUCUCUUCAUCUGCCAUCUCCUCCUGGCUCUGGUGGUGCAGCAGAUCUUGUUCGGCUACUACUUCACCGCGGACGCGGAGAACCAGGAGGCCCAGCAACGCGUCUUCACGUACUUUGGGACCUUCAGCCGCUCUUUCUUGUCACUCUUCGAGCUAACCCUGGCCAAUUGGAUUCCAGUCUGCCGGCUGCUUGUGGAAGAGGUCGGCGAGUGGUGGUUGAUUCCCUGCCUCCUCCACAAGCUGACGGUGGGCUUUGCCGUGCUUGGUGUGAUCAACGCGGUUCUGAUGCAGGAGACUUUCAAGGUCGCCUACCUGGAUGACACCGUCAUGGUGCGCGAGAAGAUGCGGACGAUGAAGGCGCACGUGGCGAAGAUGUCCGAGCUCUUCCACGAAGCGGAUACUUCCGGAGAUGGCACGCUGGACUUGAACGAGUUCAAGCGCAUCCUCAAGAAGCAUGAAGUCAAGGUGUGGCUCUCGGCCAUGGAGCUCGACGUUUCCGAUGCGGAGGAGCUCUUUAAGGCGCUCGACACCAGUGGGGAUGGGCGGCUCUCUGCAGACGAGCUUGUGAACGGCGUGUCUCGGCUGCGGGGAGCCGGCAGGGCGCAGGAGGUCCGGAAGAUCCUGGAGACGAGCGAGCACGUCAAGCGGAUGCUGGCAGACAUGUCACGACAACCCAGUAUGGUUUCCAGGAGCUUCCGAUCCGAAGCGAGUGCUCCGACGGAUCCACGAGGUGCCGAUCGGCUCACCACCGUCAGCUACUGA